UUGCGCAUGCGCAGUCAGUGUCCCCUUCUGAAAGCGUCAGUUUGAAGCGUCAGCAGUGUUAAAGGUUGUGAAGUGAUUUAAAGGCUUAUUGUUCCUUUGGUACGUGUUUAUAAAGCACAGUGUUGGAGGAUGACGAGCGGCUCGAAUAAGAAGAAAGAAGAGGUUUAUGUGUCUAACGGAGGACUGAAGCAGUCACCAUGGAGCAAAGCGCUGAGGAGCAGAGCGCUGUGGGACGACAAGGAUGAGUUUUUAGACGUGGUUUACUGGUUCAGACAGAUCAUCGCCAUCAUCCUGGGAGUCAUCUGGGGCAUCGUUCCACUGAAGGGCUUCCUCGGAAUUGCCAUCUUCUGCGUGGUGAACGCCGGCGUCCUGUACGUUUACUUCAGCAGCUUCCAGCAGGUGGAUGAAGAGGAGUACGGAGGAACGUGGGAACUCACCAAAGAAGGCUUUAUGACCUCUUUUGCUUUGUUCCUGGUGGUGUGGAUCAUCUUCUACACAGCUCUACAUUAUGACUGAGGUUCACAGGAGAACCUGCUCUAAAGCAGUGUAGUACACUCGGCUGUACAGUGGGGUCCUGAACGGGCUGCACACGGCCGGCACUGGGCUUUACACAUGUCACCAGCAGCACACCGGAGCUUCCUGACCCAGGUGCAUUGUGGGUCCUCUGCUCUGAACCACUUCCUGAUCGGCGGCUCAUCGAGUUUUUAAGCUAACGCCCGUCCAGUGCACUGCCAUGUGUUCUGAUUCAACGCUAUAUUCUCUCUCUCUCUCUCUCUCUCUCUCUCUCUCUCUCUCUCUCUCUCUCUCUCUCUCUCUCUCUCUCAUUUUUUUCCACUCUUUGUAUGAAUGACUUUAUAUUUAGUUUGUAAUUGAACUUUAUUUCCCAUUACUCCAGUCUUACUUCUAACUAAUUUAAAAACCAAUGUAAAUGAUGUACAGUUUCAUUUUAAGUGUGUUUCCUGACUCUGUCUGGCGCGAUUAGAUUUCUCGUACGUCUCAGUAUUUCACAGAGGAAUUUAUACGAAUGCAGACGGAGCCGUGGAGGUUUCUGUGCUGCUGAUACGCACAAGGUGUUACGUUCAGCUCACUCAUGUGUUUCUCUGACGAGUCACAUUAAUGUUUUCAAUCCUGUGGCUUUUUUCCCCUCUGAUUCCCAACAGGACCGAGAUGAAUCCGAAUCUGACGCUCAUAGGGUAUUAAUAUACGGAGCGAGGCGAUUAAUUAGGAAUAUAUUUUAGAAAAAAAUAAGUGUUUAACAUUUUCUUUGUUUAAACAUCUGUUUUCAGGUGCAUUUUUUUUUGUUUCCUCAUAUUUUUUGACAUGAUUUUUACAGAUCAGCAGGAAAAAUGUCUACUUUUGUCUCACAUGUCUUAAAAUGACCGUUUAUGAUGUAAUAAAACCGUAAAUCACA